AUGGGUCAUGCUGGUUGUGUCGCGUUUCUGCCAGUUGCCGGUGAGACCAUUGGUGCGGGAGAGGAAGGACAGAGCGUCGGUCUUGCAAAGUUUGGCACCCUGGACGCAAUGAGGUCAGAAUCAUGGGGUGACAGCAUGUCAAACCUGGGUUUGCUCGGGCUUGGGUCGCGAUUAAGCUUUUGGGUGCACGGCGUGCAGUUGGAAUUGGCCGGUCCGGAUGUUGUUCCUGGCCUCUGGGAGUCGGUAUCGCACACGUCCUCAGGGCCGAUUAGAUAUCCCGCAGAGUAUUCCGGUUAUGUCCACCAGUAGAAUGCUUUGCGCAUAAAGGCCUCAAUUUGGAGUGUACGGAGUGUACUCCUAGACAUUCUACGGAUUCAUGGUGUGCUAUGACGCGAUGGAGCUAGUGAGGCGCGUUAUCAAGAUCGAGCAUUGUCGCACUCUCUUGAGAUCCAUGGAUGGCAAGUAAAGAAGGGUAGCAUCGCAUGUAACACAUCUUGUCACGCCUACAUCUAAAGCAAGAAGUGGAAACAUCUCGUGUAUUCUAUAAACAAGUCGGCUAGGCCUAGGAACUAGGAAAACGUAGUAUGCAUGUAC